AAUGCUGAUGUGGUGUCCUGUACUCUGAUUUCUGUGUGUGAGAGAAACACACUCACAUUUCUGUUACAUGGGAAACUUUAGCUGUAUUAUGGCUGUGUGUGUGUGUGUGUGUGUGUGUGUGUGUGUGUGUGUGUGUGUGAGAUCAGUGUUCUGAUAUAUCAUCAUUUCUCCCCCAGGUUGAGUUGGUGUUUUCUCACAGAGGAAAGCUGUAGAGUUCUGUCCUCAGUUCUCAGAUCAAACUCCUCCAGACUGAGAGAACUGGACCUGAGUGACAAUAACCUGCAGGAUUCAGGAGUGAAGCUGCUCUCUGCUGGACUGGAGAAUCCACACUGUACACUGGAGAUACUGAGAAUAAAGGGUUAGGAAGUGAAAGUGAAAGUCAGUCUCCAUUUUGUGUGGAGGGGAAAAUACAGCAUUUCAGGAGUAAAAACACAUGAACUCUGUGCUGAUACAGGGUUUGAUUUAACACACCGAUGUUGGAGUGAAGUAAACGUGUGUCCUGCUGUAAUCUGGAGAAGGAGACAUGACCUCCAACAUGAGUGUGUCUGGAGAACAGGACUUAAAGAAAGACGAGAGAAUGAUGGAGGGAAAGAGAUCAGACUCACCAGAACCCAGCUGUGUGUCCAUGAAGAGUGACGCGUCAAUGGAUCAUCCAUUUCACUUCAGAGACGGAGCCAGUUCUCCUGAUGUGAGACCACAACAGAAGAAAUCAAACCUCAGCAGAAAUCAGCUGGACUCCAUAUUCAAGGAGCUGGAACACAAAGUCAUCACUCUGAUAAAGAAUGAGCUGAAGAGGUUUAGGAAGCUCCUGAGUCCAGAUUACCCAGCAUGCACUGAGAGGGAGGUGGAGGAUGAGCAGGAUCUGCACAGUGUCAGAGACGGAGCGCUGAAGAUCACACUGCACGUCCUGAAGAACAUGAACCACACAGAUCUCGCUAACACACUGCACAACAAACUCGCCUCUGUGUAUCAGACUAAGCUGAAAUCCAGCCUGAGAGAGAAGUUUAAAAGAAUUAAUGAAGGAAUCUCACAGCAUGGAAGCUCAGCACUUCUGAAUGAGAUCUACACAGAGCUCUACAUCACAGAGGGGUGGAGUGGAGACGUCAAUAAUGAACAUGAGGUGAGACAGAUUGAGACAGCGUCCAGGAGCCCAGCAACACAGGAGACACCCAUCAAAUGUAAUGAUCUCUUUAAAGACAAGUCCAUCAGAGGAGUGCUGACUAAAGGAGUUGCUGGAAUUGGAAAAACAGUCUCUGUGCAGAAGUUCAUUCUGGACUGGGCUGAAGGAAAAGCAAAUCAGGACGUCACCUUCAUGUUUCCACUUCCCUUUAGAGAGCUGAAUCUGAUGAAGCAGAAACAUCUCAGUCUGAUGGAUCUUCUUCAUCACUUUUUCCCAGAAAUAAGAAAACUAGAAGUAAUAGACUGUGACUCCUACAAAGUGGUGUUGAUCUUUGAUGGUCUGGAUGAGUGUCGACUUCCUCUAAAUUUCCAGAAGAAUGAGAGACUGUGUGAUGUGACAGAGUCGGCCUCAGUGGAUGUGCUGCUGACGAACCUCAUCAAGGGGAAUCUGCUUCCCUCUGCUCUCCUCUGGAUAACCUCUCGACCAGGAGCAGCCAAUCAGAUCCCUCCUGAGUGUGUAGACCAGGUCACAGAGGUACGAGGGUUCAGUGAUCCUCAGAAAGAGGAGUACUUCAGGAAGAGGAUCAGUGAUCAGAGCCUGGCCGAUAAAAUCAUCUCACACAUGAAGUCUUCAAGAAGCCUCUACAUCAUGUGCCACAUCCCAGUCUUCUGCUGGAUCUCAGCCACUGUUCUAGAGAGAAUGUUGGGUGAAGCAGAGAGUGGAGAGAUCCCCAAGACUCUGACUCAAAUGUUCACACACUUCCUGAUCUUUCAGAUCAAACACAAGGACCAAAAGUACCAUCAGAAAUGUGACCCUGAUCCUCAGCAGACCAGAGAGAGUAUCCUGGCACUGGGAAAACUGGCUUUCCACCAGCUGGAGAAAGGAAACCUGAUCUUCUAUGAGGAAGACCUGAGAGAGUGUGGCAUUGAUGUGAGAGAAGUGUCAGUGUACUCAGGAGUGUGUACCCAAAUCUUCAGAGAGGAGUUUGGGCUUUACUUGGGGAAGGUGUUCAGCUUUGUACAUCUGAGUGUUCAGGAGUUUCUGGCUUCUUUAUAUGCAUUUCUCUCCUUCAUCAGCAGAAAUGUAACAGAACAACCAACCACUGAUCUGUCUGAUCUCCUCAGGACUGCAGUGGACAAGGCCUUACAGAGUGAGAACGGACACCUGGACCUGUUCCUCCGCUUCCUUCUGGGUCUCUCACUGGAGUCCAGUCAGACUCUCUUACGAGGCUUAAUGCCACAGACAGGAAGCAGCUCUCACAGCAAACAGGAAACAGUCGAGUACAUCAAGGAGAAGAUCAGGAAGAAUCCAUCUCCAGAGAAAUCCAUCAAUCUGUUCCACUGUCUGAAUGAACUGAAUGAUCAUUCUCUAGUGCAGGAAGUACAACGUUACCUGAACAGAGGAGGUCUCAGUCGUCUCAGUGGAACCAGACUCUCUCCUGCUCAGUGGUCAGCUCUGGUGUUUGUGUUACUGAACUCAGAUCAGGAGCUGGAUGUGUUUAAUUUGAGUAAAUAUGACCCAUCAGAGGAAUGUCUUCUGAAGCUGCUGCCAGUGGUCAAAGCCUCCAGAAGAGCUGAGCUGUGGGGUUGUAAUCUGACAGAGGAAAGCUGUAGAGUUCUGUCCUCAGUUCUCAGAUCAAACUCCUCCAGACUGAGAGAACUGGACCUGAGUCUCAAUAACCUGCAGGAUUCAGGAGUGAAGCUGCUCUCUGCUGGACUGGAGAAUCCACACUGUACACUGGAGACACUGAGGAUGUGGAACUGCAGGAUUACAGAUGAAGGUUGUGCUGCUCUGGCUUCUGCUCUGAGGUCAAACUCCUCAUCACACCUGAGAGAACUGAAUCUGAAGGGUAAUAAUCCAGGAGAAUCAGGAGUGAAGCUGCUCUCUGAUCUACUGAAGGAUCCACACUGUAACCUGGAGACACUACACAUUAAGGGUAAUAAACUCACCAGGACGGCGUAUGACGGGAGUCUCACCUCAAACCUCUUCUCCAGGAUAAAGCAGUCUUGGUGAAGAGUUAGAACCCGUCCCACAUUUCCAGCAGUUUGGGAGCUGAAUCAUUAAACUUAAAGGGGCAGAGCAGAAACAAAGUCAAGAAGAGGCAGAAGGUCGUACACAGGAGAAAUCAACACACGUAACCAAAUAUCUGCUGUACAAAGCAACGGCACCGAUCUGCCCCGGGGAUGGAGACUGACGAGGCUUAAGUACACGUCCGGAAAUGUGCAUCCAACUCAUCCCAAAGCACGAGGCGGGAGCAGGCGUGUAUGAGAUGUGAUCGUCCAAUGGCAAGCUGGAACAUGACGCAUUGCAGUGGACUGGGCUUAAAAGAGGAGGAGACGAGACACCCAUCCCUCCCCCGACAUAGACACACGAAUAGAACAUAGUACAAACAGAAAUACAACUGAGGACGUAACAAUGGCCAAGUAUCAAAUGAAAUGUAAACUUGCAUUGAUGAAGGUAAUGUUGUUAGUAAUUGUUUAUAAAUUACCAUGGUAACACAGAGCUCCAAGGUAUAAAAAUAUGGAAUUUGUCAUCAAACAGUAACCAGUUUUAAUACCUAAAAAAGUUUAUGUAGCAAAAUUUAGCAAAGCGCUUUACAGUAAAUUAAAAUGUAAAAUUAAACUAAUGAAAUGUUGUGCAGCACAUGCUUAUGUUUAUGUUUGUUACAUUAUAUGAUCAUAUAAAUAAAUAAAUAAAUAAAUAAAUAAAUACUCCCAAAGUCACCAGAAUUGAAAGCUUUGGUGCUGUUAAACAUUUAGAGAUUGAGGUUGUGGUGACUCAGUAUUUCACUCAGUAUAUCUGGGUAAGACACAGUGCUGGCAUUCAUGAAGAAGUCAUAAACUCCACUGCAAUAAUAAAU